AUGUCUGAGCUCCCCCCAACCUUCGCAGAGUCUUCUCUGGCUGUGUGGGUCCUGCAAGAUCAAGUGGCAGCCCUGAAAAGACCUGCUCUGGCUGUGAAAUUCAGGCAGGCUGAGUGCUAUACACCCUCUAAGGUCUCCUCCAGCUGUGCAGGCCCCUGUGAGCCUGCCUGUGGAGGCUUGCAUGGGCAUGCAUGCCUCGGACCAGCUCCAGAAACAGAUGCUGUCCUCUGCCAACCCGCAAUCCAUCAACUAGUCAUAAGCCAACUAGCCCUCAGCCAACCAGACAUGAAUCAACUGGGUAUGAAUCAAUCAAGCCUACCAGACAUGAACCAGCCAGGCACGAGCUUACUUGGUAUGAAGCAACUGGACAUGAACCAACCAAGCACAAGCUUACCUGACACCAACCAACUGGGUCAACUAGGCAUGAGGCAACCAGGCCUGUACCAAAUAAGCAUGAGGCAAUCUGGCACAAGGCAAGCAGUCCUGAGCCAAUCAGGCAUGAAGCAAACAGGCAUGAGCCAAUCAAACACAAGCCAAUCAGGCACAAGUCAGCCAGGCCUGAGUCAACUGCAACCAGGCCCGAGCCAAUCAAUCAUGAGUCAACUAGGCCCGAGCCAAUCAGGCACAAGCCAAACAUGCAUGAGCCAAUCAGGCAGGAGCCAACUAGGAAUGAGCCAGCCAAGUCUGAGGCAACCAGGCAGGAGCCAAUCAAGCAUGAGGCAACCAAGUGUGACUUCUUUUCGAGUAAGACCUGCGGAGGCUCGAGACUGCCCGGAAAUCCUGCAUCUAAUUAAAGAAUUGGCUGCCUGUGAAAACAUGCUAGAUGCAGUGAAGUUAACAUCAAAGGAUUUACUCAGGGAUGGCUUUGGGGACAAUCCCCUUUUCUACUGUCUGAUUGCAGAAGUACACAAUCAUCAAAAACCAUCAGGUAAAGUGACUGUUGGAUUUGCCAUGUACUACUUUACAUAUGACCCCUGGAUUGGCAAGUUACUUUACCUAGAGGACUUUUAUGUCAUACAAGCUUACCGAGGUCUAGGUAUUGGAGCUGAAAUGCUGAAGAGGCUAAGUCAGAUAGCCAUCAGAAGCCAGUGUAACUGCAUGCACUUUCUUGUCGUCAUUUGGAACCAGGCUUCUAUCGACUACUACACUCGUCGAGGGGCUUUAGACCUUUCUUCCGAGGAGGGCUGGCAUCUGUUCAGGUUUAACAGAGAAGAACUCAUGGACAUGGCAGGGGAAAAGUGAAAGGUGACUUAUCACUUGUCCCAAUAUAGGCUCAAACAUCUGAAUGUAACAACUUGUCCCAAUAUAGGCUCCAACAUCUGAAUGUCGCCUGAGUCCAACAGCAGUUUGACUGUCGUAUAAUACAGCAAGUGAACAACUCUGGUUUCAGCUGAUCUUUGAAACAGAUUUUGUAGAUACAACUUGCCAUUAUCCAUAUUAACAUACUAAUGGUUAGUAGAAAAGCUGAUAACCCAAAA